AGGGUGCGAGCGAGAGGGGGGAAAAAAGAGGAAGGAAGUGGAGACACCGUGAGAAGAGCAAAGCCUAGAGCUGUAGCUACAGUAGCUAACAUGGCUUUUUGAUUCAUCAUUCUCCACCUGAGGACGCUGCUUGGAUUGUAUCCAUUCUGCUGCUUAUUUCCUUCAGCCUUUGAAUUACGGCUCCCUUAGCCUGCUGGUCUUGCUGGCAAUGACUCCUUGGCAUAAAACGGAUAAGAAGAUUGGAGUGGCAAUAUACAAUUUCAGAGCUGUAAGAGUGCCACAGUUAUCCCUGCAUAUUGGUGAUGUAGUCCACAUAUUGGAAGAUUGUGAAGAUUGGUACAAAGGAUAUCUUGUAAGACAUAAAGGAAUAGAGGGAAUAUUUCCAAAAUCUUUUAUCCACAUCAAAGACACUGGUGUUGAAAAGAAAAGAAAUGCAGACAAUGUAAUCCCUGCUGAGAUCCCUUUGGUGCAAGAGGUUACCUGUACAUUGUGGGAAUGGGGGAAUAUCUGGAAACAACUGUAUGUGGCCAACAAAAAGGAACACUUCCAGCAAGUACAAUCUAUGAUGUACGAAUUAAUGGAGUGGAGGUCACAGCUCCUCUCAGGGACAUUGCCAAAGGAUGAGCUGAAAGAACUGAAACAAAAAGUUACAUGCAAAAUUGACUAUGGAAAUAAGAUUCUUGAGCUAGACCUGAUAGUAAGAGAUGAAGAUGGGAAUAUCUUGGAUCCAGACAAGACUAGUGUCAUCAGCCUCUUUUAUGCUCAUGCUGAAGCUACAAGCAAAAUCACAGAACGCAUUAAAGAAGAGACGUCGAAGGAAGAAAGUGUUUAUGGAACCUAUUCCAGAAAUAAUACUUCUCCGACCCACAGCCUUUAUGUCUUCGUAAGAAAUUUUGUCUGCAGAAUAGGAGAAGAUGCAGAACUUUUCAUGUCUCUUUAUGAUCCUCAGAAGCAACAAGUAAUAAGUGAAAAUUACUUGGUGAGGUGGGGGAGCAAAGGUUUUGUCAAAGAAAUUGACAAUUUCAACAAUCUGAAAGUGGUUUUUACUGAUCUCGGAAACAAAGAUCUUGGAAGAGACAAAAUUUAUUUAAUUUGCCAAAUUGUACGAGUUGGAAGGAUGGAUCUCAAAGACAGUAAUACAAGGAAAUGUACUCAGGGCAUAAGGAGACCUUUUGGAGUGGCAGUAAUGGAUAUUACAGACAUCAUAAAAGGCAAAGCAGAAAGUGAUGAGGAGAAGCAACAUUUCAUUCCUUUUCAUCCAGUGUCGGAGAAUGAAUUUUUGCACACUCUCUUAAGCAGGGUCACAACAGUCAAAGGAGAUAGUGGUGGACAAGGACUGUGGGUGACCAUGAAAAUGCUUGUUGGAGACAUUAAUCAGAUUAGGAAAGACUACCCUCAUCUUGUUGACAGAACAACAGUCGUUGCCAGGAAGCUUGGUUUCCCUGAAAUAAUUAUGCCAGGUGAUAUCAGAAAUGACAUCUACAUCACUCUGAUGUAUGGGGACUUGGAUAAAUUUAAUAAAACUACUCAGAGAAAUAUAGAAGUCAAUGUGUGCGUCUGUGAUGAAGAAGGGAAAGUGAUCCCAAAUGCAAUUUGUUUAGGAGCUGGGGACAAGCCUGUGAGUGAAUACAAAUCAGUUGUCUACUACCAAGUCAAACAACCCCGUUGGAUGGAGACAUUAAAGGUAGCAUUGCCCAUUGAGGACAUGCAAAGAAUUCACCUGCGCUUUGCAUUUAGACAUCGGUCAUCACAGGAAGCUAAAGACAAAGGUGAAAAGAACUUUGCAAUGGCCUAUGUGAAGUUAAUGAAGGAGGAUGGGACAACUCUACAAGAUGGCUUUCAUGAGCUGGCAGUUCUAAAGGGUGAUAAUAAGAAAAUGGAAGAUGCCAGUGCUUACUUGAGCCUCCCUUCUUCCCGCCUCCACAUAGAAUCGAAAGGCUCAACCUUAAGUCGCAGUUCAAGCAGUGUAGGAGGGCUCUCCGUAAGCUCAAGGGAUUCCUUUGCCAUUUCAACUCUUGUUUGUUCAACCAAGCUCACUCAAAACGUGGGCUUGCUGGGGCUUUUGAAGUGGCGGAUGAAGCCAGAACUCUUGCAGGAAAACUUAGAAAAACUGAAGAUUGUGGAUGGGGAAGAAAUUGUGAAGUUCCUCCAAGAUACUUUAGAUGCCCUGUUUAAUAUCAUGAUGGAACAUUCUCACAGUGAUGUGUAUGACAUUCUUGUCUUUGAUGCCCUGAUUUAUAUAAUAGGGCUCAUUGCUGAUAGGAAAUUUCAGCAUUUCAAUACUGUACUGGAGGCCUAUAUACAGCAACACUUCAGUGCAACUUUAGCAUACAAGAAGCUAAUGACAGUUUUGAAGACUUACUUGGAUACUUCCUGCAGAGGAGAACAGUGUGAACCUAUACUAAGGACCCUGAAAGCUCUUGAAUAUGUAUUUAAAUUCAUAGUUCGGUCAAGGACAUUGUUUUCACAGCUGUAUGAAGGCAAAGAACAGACAGAAUUUGAAGAAGUCAUGAGAAAGCUUUUUGAGUCAAUCAACAACCUGAUGAAAAGCCAAAACAAGACAGCCAUUUUAUUACAGGUGGCAGCCUUGAAAUAUAUCCCAUCUGUUCUUCAAGAUGUAGAAACAGUGUUUGAUGUCCGUUUACUUAGCCAGCUCUUAUAUGAAUUUUACACUUGCAUUCCACCAGAAAAGUUAAAGAAACAAAAAGUGCAAUCCAUGAAGGAAAUCGUACAGAGCAACCUCUUCAAAAGACAAGAGUGCAGAGACAUUCUGCUCCCUGUCAUUACCAAAGAACUGAAGGAGCUCCUGGAUCCGACAGAAGAGACACCGACACAACUCCUAGGGAAGAAGAAUUGCAUUGAAUUACUCAACAGCAUCCUGGAGGUUCUCAGCUGUCAAGAUGCAGAGUCAACUUAUCAUCACAUACAAGAAAUAAUAACCCAGUUGCUGCGCAUCAUUAACAAGACUGUCAUUAGAAUGGAAAGAGAUGACACCGUAAUUAGUCAUUUUGUGGCAUGCAUGACAGCAAUCUUGGAUCAAAUGGAUGACCAACAUUACUCUUCUUACAUUGAAACUUUUCAGACAAGCUCAGAGCUAGUGGACUUUUUGAUGGAAACCUUCAUAAUGUUUAAAGAUCUUAUUGGAAAAAAUGUCUACCCCUUGGACUGGAUGGCCAUGAGCAUGGUGCAGAACAGAGUGUUUCUGAGAGCUAUCAACAAAUUUUCAGAGACCAUGAACCAGAAGUUUCUGGAAAACAUGAACUUCGAAGAGCAACUGUGGAACAACUACUUUCACCUUGCAGUGGCUUUCAUCACCCAGGAUUCCUUGCAGCUGGAACAGUUCUCCCAUGCAAAGUGUCUGAAGAUCCUGAACAAGUAUGGAGACAUGAGGCGUCUAAUUGGUUUUGCUAUCCGUGACAUGUGGUACAAACUUGGGCAAAAUAAAAUUCGCUUUAUUCCAGGAAUGGUUGGACCGAUCUUGGAAAUGACCCUUAUACCUGAAGCUGAGCUACGGAAAGCCACCAUCCCAAUCUUCUUUGACAUGAUGCUGUGUGAAUAUAGACACACCGGUGAAUUCAAAAAGUUUGAAAAUGAAAUCAUUUUGAAAUUGGACCAUGAAGUAGAAGGAGGCCGUGGAGAUGAGCAGUACCUACAUUUGUUUGAGUCAAUCCUCCUGGAGUGUUCCUCAAGUUACACUAAGAUUGCAAAGCUAGUUGAAAUGUUUGUAAGCCUCGUAAAAGGCCUCUUGGAAAAACUUCUGGAUUACCGUGCUGUGAUGAAUGAUGAGAGCAAGGACAAUCGUAUGAGCUGCACCGUGAAUUUGUUGAAUUUCUACAAGGAAAUUAAUCGUGAAGAAAUGUAUAUAAGGUACUUGUAUAAACUUCGAGAUCUUCAUUUGGACUGUGAGAACUACACAGAAGCUUCAUAUACUCUGCUGUUGCAUGCUUCACUUUUGAAAUGGUCUGAUGAACAAUGUACUCCUCAAGUCAUGCAGACGGAAUUUCAGAGUUCACAAACACAUCGGCAUCUGAAAGAGCACCUGUAUGAGAUGAUCAUAGAGUACUUUGACAAGGGAAAGAUGUGGGAGGAAGCAAUAUCAUUAUGCAAAGAACUGGCAGAGCAAUAUGAAAUGGAAACUUUUGAUUAUGAGCUUCUAAGCCAGAAUCUGAUUCAGCAAGCAAAAUUCUAUGAAAACAUCAUGAAAAUUCUGAGGCCUAAACCAGAUUAUUUUGCUGUUGGAUAUUAUGGCCAAGGGUUUCCUACAUUCCUAAGGAACAAAAUGUUCAUCUACCGUGGCAAGGAAUAUGAACGAAGAGAAGAUUUUCAAGCACAGUUGAUGAGCCAUUUCCCAAAUGCAGAAAAAAUGAAUACUACUGCACCCCCUGGAGAGGAUAUAAAAAAUUCUUCUGGUCAAUACAUACAGUGCUUCACAGUACAGCCAGUUUUGGAAGAGCAUCCUCGAUUCAAAAACAAACCAGUGCCCGAUCAGAUCAUCAACUUUUAUAAGUCUAACUAUGUGCAAAGAUUCCAUUAUUCAAGACCAGUCAGAAAAGGUUCCGUUGACCCUGAAAAUGAAUUUGCUUCUAUGUGGAUCGAGAGAACGUCUUUUGUUACGGCUUACAAACUCCCUGGUAUCCUGCGUUGGUUUGAGGUUAUUGCAAUGUCACAGACAACAAUUAGCCCUCUGGAGAAUGCCAUUGAAACAAUGUCUAUGACAAAUGAGAAGAUCUUGGCCAUGGUUAAUCAGUACCAAAGUGACGAGAACCUUGCCAUUAACCCUCUGUCCAUGCUUCUGAAUGGAAUUGUUGAUCCAGCUGUUAUGGGAGGGUUUGCUAAAUAUGAAAAGGCUUUCUUCACAGAUGAGUACAUCAGGGACCACCCAGAGGAUCAGGAGAAACUAAACAGACUCAAAGACCUGAUUGCUUGGCAGAUUCCAUUUCUUGGGGCUGGAAUUAAGAUCCAUGAGAGGAGGGUUUCACCCAGCCUUCGUCCUUUCCAUGAACGCAUGGAGGAGUGUUUCAGGCACUUAAAGGCCAAAGUGGAGAAACAAUAUGGCAUGAGAGAACUGCCUGACUUUGAUGACAGACGAGUAGGUCGGCCAACUUCCAUGCUGAGGUCAUACCGCCAGAUGUCUAUUAUUUCCUUGUCCUCCAUGAAUUCAGACUGUAGCACACCAAGCAAACCUGUUGCAGAAAGCUUUGAACUGGAAGUCAUGUCACCAAAGACAACCAAGUCAGUGUCGGAUGAGAAUGUACGCCUGACCUGCACCCAACCAGAAGUGAAGAUGAGGAGAUGCAAGAGGAGAGGAAAGAGAAGCAGUGUGGUGUUUGCUGAUGAAAAGGCAGCCUCUGAACUUCCCGACAUGAAAAGUUUGUCAAGAAAAUUUGAAUUUAUGAGUGACACCAACCUAUCUGAACAUCUGGAUGUACCUCAGAAAACAUCUGUUCUUCUCAAGCAAAUGAGCUUUGCCAGCCGGUCCAUGCCAACUAUACCAGGGCUAACUAUGUCCGUGUGCUACCCCACAUCUGAAGAAACAAAUGGAUCCCAGAGGAUGAGCCAGGCAAGCAUUCCUCCUAUCUUGGAAUCAGACAGAAAAACCCUAAAAAAGAAGAAAAUGAACCAGAUUUUCAAAACAAUUUACAAGCCCAAGCAGCAUGAAGAUGUGAAACAUACUGGUGAGCGACAGUUUGAUUAUCAGACCUGUGAAUAAAUCAUUCAGAAGAGGAGUGUUUUCCCAGCAAGUGGACAAACAAGGUUCUAAAACAGAGAUGAGGACUGGCAUGUGGGAAGUUGGAAAGUACACAAACCCAAUUGGUUACUCCUUUCUCUCUCUCUUUUUAAAUCAAAGUAUUAUUUGCUAUUAGGUUACUAAUUUUUUUAAAUCAAAUAAUAGUAACAAAAUAGCAAAGAAUGAAAAUAUUUGCUAUGUUACUAAAUCUGCUGUCUAGAAUAUUGUAUCGGACUAUAGAUGAAAGAAUGCUUGUUAAUCUGUGGGGUGUUUACCAGCUACGCCUUCUGGGAAUCCUGGGCAUAAAGCAGGUCACUGGAGUAAACGUACUCCUGCUACAAUGCGUGGAACAUGAUAUGACAUGGAUGUCAUACACUUAGCCUGAUUUCCACAGUCGUCCCUCUAUAUUAUAUGUCAGGUGGCAGAUCUGUGCUUCUAUCUAUAUUCUGUUGCAGUGGUGGUAUCCCCAGUAAGGCUAAUAUUGUAAACUUGGUUUUUUAGUGAAUGACCUUGAACUCGUAAAUUCUUAAUAAAAAUUAAGGAUUGGCUGAAA